UCUGCGCAGUAGAUCUCAAGAUAACAUCGUGUUAUGUAUGUACCACGUCCGAAAUUGGUCAACGCGUUGUUUAGGCCUAGUCGCCGCCUACGCUUCGCUCAACUCUGUUGCUAUGUCUCAAAAUGAUUAAAUAACAUGUGCUCUCAACAGCAUGCUCAUUAAAGCGAUAUAAAAAAGCGUCGUAGUUAGAACAAUACGUAGAUAUGCGUUUAAGUGAUUGCGGUCUGUGAAAGUGCCACAUGGAGCUGUUACUGGCGCCUGUCGGGAGGCUGAUAGCAGUGCUGGACCAGGUGGAGAUGCGCGUGGAGCGUCUCCGACGAGACACAGUCCGCAUUGAGGAGGAACGAGAUUCCCUGCUCUCCACAUUGGACAGUGUCAAGCACUCGGAGCUGCUGGCAGAUGUCUCGGAAUGUGACAAAGACGACAUCUCGCGGUACGCGGAGCGUAUACUGGCGCGCGCGCAGACGGUGGAGGUGUGCGUGCGCACCGACCGCGACCCGCAGCAGGAGGAGGCUCUGCACCAGGUAAACAUGUACAUCGACCAGCUAGUGGUGUCCGUGCAGGAGGACGCGUGCACGGCGCACGCGCGCUGCCAGGCCUACAUGGCGGCGUGCUCCAGCGCCGCGGACUCCGCCGCCAGCGACAAGAACUUCGAGACCGCCAUCCUGGGCUGCACGCUCGACGACCAGAAGCGCGUCAAGAAACGCCUGCAGGGACUCAUGGACUACUUCGCUAAGAAAAACGUCACCUCGUGCUCGUGAGCUUGUUAUUGUAUAGUUGGCACUGCUGGAUAGCGGGUUUGGUUAAAA